AUGUUACCUUACUUCCUUUUCCUUCUCCCUCUAGUACUGGCAAGCUCAGCAGCCGAAGUCGUCGCCCCCAAACGUACGGAAACACCCGCAGAUCCUGUCGUGCGUGAUACUUCCCCGAGAGCAGUACCUACCGCUUUCUUCGCCGUGGGAGAUUACACUUAUGUCGAACAUGAAGGAAAAGAACUUGGAAACUUUCCAGGAGAUCUUAACAUGUUUGAAUUUCCCGGUCCGAGCGUUAGUGAGGUGGUCACUAUAAGAGGUUAUGAUAGUGCUGUUUUAGGUACUUGUACCGUAACUGGUGUCCCCACCGUAAUCGCAGAAUUCACUUCGUACGGCGGAACUUGCUAUGCAAGGGGGAUGAGUGAUGGAACUCAAAGUGAUCAUGGGGUUGAUCUCAUCUGUGAUCCUAAACCCUCUGGACGGCUUUGUAAAUAG